UCAGUCAUAUGACAGCGGUCAGUUCCUCCCAAACACUACAUUACGUUUCUAGUGGUGAAAAACAUUGCAAACUGCCCAAACCAACUCAGACCUGAAAAAAUCUUACAUCAAAAUGUUGGCACUCAUUAACCGCCUCUUGGACUGGUUUAAGGCUCUCUUUUGGAAGGAAGAAAUGGAAUUAACCCUCGUCGGGCUGCAAUAUUCGGGCAAAACGACGUUUGUUAACGUAAUCGCGUCAGGCCAGUUCAGCGAAGACAUGAUUCCAACGGUUGGGUUCAACAUGAGGAAGGUCACAAAAGGCAACGUCACCAUCAAGAUCUGGGAUAUAGGAGGUCAGCCGAGGUUCAGAAGCAUGUGGGAGCGAUACUGUCGUGGGGUCAAUGCAAUAGUGUACAUGGUGGAUGCAGCAGACCGGGAGAAGGUUGAAGCUUCCAGAAAUGAGCUGCACAAUCUUUUAGACAAGCCACAGUUGCAAGGAAUCCCUGUGUUGGUGCUUGGCAAUAAGAGAGAUCUACCCAAUGCGCUGGAUGAGAAACAGCUAAUUGAAAAAAUGAACUUGGCAGCUAUUCAAGACCGGGAGAUCUGCUGCUACUCGAUUUCCUGCAAAGAAAAAGAUAACAUUGACAUUACGCUUCAAUGGCUAAUCCAGCACUCAAAGUCAAGAAGAAGCUGAAAGUGUCUUCUGAGGGCCCGCUGUAUAUACGCUGCCAUGUUCCUCUCACACCACCUCACACCGCUCGCUUUGUUGAAACUGUACAGUUCUCCGUACCGCUCCCCUUACACUACCCUGCUCGUCUGAUCCCAUAAUUCUUCACCAGCUCCUCUUCCCUACUGGAUCAGUCAUGUCAAUGAUGCAUCAGUCGCUAAAAGACGCUAGCCUGCAGAAUGAGUUCCUCCACCUCUUACAGCCUGCUGUCGGAUGAACAUUAUGGAUUCAUGGUUUUGCAAAUCCCCGCAGCUCCAGUGGUCUCCACUUGGACAAAUCUACUGAAAAACUGAGAAGAAUCUAUACUAUAAUAUAGUGUUAAGCCUUUUGUUCUCUCCAGUCUGUCAGGUUAUGCUAAUAAGAGAGUAUAAUAUAAUUUGGACUGUUGCUUUUGUUUCUUUCCAUCCCCCAACCCCAUCGUCUCUUGCAAAAUCUGUCAAAUCUAAAUGAGGAGCAAUCUAGUAAAUAAACAGCUCAUGCAGAAAUGUACAAAUGAUGAUCAGAAAUAAGAACGAUUUUUACAAACGUGAGUGUACGUAUAUUAGAGAGGAUGAAUGUUUUGCUGGUUAAGGUUUUCAUUUAGGUUAAUGAUGACUUGAAUCCUGUUCAUGAACUGAGAGAAAGAGUAGGUGAAGUUAAAGUGCCUUGUGCAGUGUCUCUGUCCCUCAAGCUAUACAGUAUACCAGGUGUGCCUGCCUGGAACUAGAUUGGAUCAAGACUGCUUACUUUGAACUGCAACAACCGAAGAAGGCAUGCUUUUUAAGGUAGAUUAUUGUACUGCUGUCAUUAUCAACUAAAUAUUUGUGAGAAGAGGUAAAUGUUGGAAACCCCACUAUUAUAAAUGCACUUUUGUAAAUACGAUGAACCAAUAAAUAGAUUGUCAACAUGUAGGAGGAA